AUGUGGUGGUUCAUCCUGGUGCGGCACCAAGCGGCACCCCCAGCAUACCUCUGGGUGCCUCUCUGGUUCUCGCCCACCUUCGGUCUUCCCCUCCCCCACAAACCUGCGCGCACAACAUUCGAUCCGAUUGAGAAGAGCAAAGGAGAGGUGGAAAGAACAGCACACAAGGACGAAGACACACCCGCAAAUCAAGCCACACCCCUCAUUCAUCCAACACUACCCAUCGCAGGCACCCAAUUUCAUCAUUCCAUACCUACUACAUUAGAUUCUCGAACCGAAUCGCACCCUACGCCCUGCUACCUUCAUCUUCUCAUCCUCAUCCUUUCCAAACAGAGAACCUCCUCGGGAGGCUUUCUCAAUCGCGUCUUUGGAGGCAAGAAGGAGAAGGAUACAGAUUCGGAGAGCACACCCUCUCGAAUAAGUACUGAUAGCAACCACAAUGGCCCUACUUCCCCCGGUGGCAGCAUUACGGUUAAGACUAACGACUUGAGCCCCAAGUCCGAGACUCGAAAGCCCGCAGACGAAGCCGCCGUUGCUUCGCCUACUGCCGACUCCAAGAAGCGGAGGAGUAGCAGCGCCAAAGCUAAGGAGAUCUUUACCCAGGCCAAAAAUUCAUUAAUACACGGCGACAAGGACGGACCGCAAACACCAAUGCAGAGACUAUCCAAGACCGAUGCCGCGCUCAGCGUGCCUCAAGGCUCGCUGAAUAACUCGGCCGGCGAGUCGCAGCCUACACCGAAUUCAUCCUUCUUAGUUGGUGUGACCGAAGACAAGAACAAGAAAUGUCGUCGUACCAUGGAAGACACUCAUUCAUAUCUUUACAACUUUCUCGGUACGCCGGCGCCGGUUCUCUCUUCCGACAGCUCAUUAUCCAAGAAAAGUUCCCGAGAAGAUCGGAACAGCCUCAGCACCAUCGCGUCCAAUCCUGCCCAGCAUGUGGUGGAGACCGACAAUGGCUACUUUGCCAUUUUUGACGGGCAUGCGGGCACCUUUGCUGCCGAGUGGUGUGGGAAGAAACUGCAUGUCAUCCUGGAAGAAUUGAUGCGCAAGUACCCCAACACACCCGUCCCAGAAUUGCUUGAUCAGACAUAUACCACCGCCGACAAUCAAUUGGAAAGGUUGCCACUCAAAAACAGUGGGUGUACUGCGAUCACGGCAGUGCUACGCUGGGAAGACCGCGUUCCCACCAACCACUCUGCGACGGGGUCUCAGGCUAUCGCAUCCUUGGCCGCGGCCGCAGCCAAAGAAGCAGAGAAGAAUGAGAAAAACAACGAGUCAUCGAAAGACGGAAAAGACUCGACACCUCGGUCGAAUUCAACGGCUGAAGCGGCGGCGGCAGCGAUUCAGGAAGCGAAACAAAAGGCUACGCGACAGAGGGUGCUGUACACCGCUAAUGUUGGUGACGCCCGGAUCGUCUUGUGCCGCAAUGGGAAGGCACUCCGUUUGUCGUACGAUCACAAGGGGAUGGAUGAAAACGAGGGACGAAGGAUAUCGAAAGCCGGAGGGUUGAUAUUGAACAACCGGGUGAAUGGAGUGCUAGCGGUGACGCGAGCAUUGGGCGACUCAUAUCUAAAAGACUUGGUAACCGGACAUCCUUAUACGACCGAGACCGUGAUUCAACCUGACCAAGACGAGUUUUUGAUCUUGGCCUGUGAUGGAUUAUGGGAUGUCUGCUCAGACCAGGAAGCCGUAGACUUGGUUCGCAACGUCCACGACCCUCAAGCUGCGUCCAAAAUGUUGGUGGACCAUGCGUUAGCCCGUUUCUCGACCGACAACCUGUCUGUCAUGGUGGUGCGCUUCGAUCCGCAAAAGCUUCAGCAGAACACCAAGAUGGACAUUGGAGUAGAGACGGAAACAACCAAGGACAAACUUGCGAUCAGUGAGGUGGAAAUGCUCGUGGGAGAAGCACGUCGGCACUCUCUGGCCCAAGAAGGGCAAGUUUCCGACCAGGACUCGGAAGAAUUGAGGCAGAGCGUGAUCCAGGAACAGGAUGAAGAAGACCAGGAGACCGGGCCAGAGUACACGCCGGAGGGACAGACUGAAGCUGAGAAGAUCUUGUCGGAGAAGAAAGCGGAGCAGGAGAAGCCCAGUGAAGGUUGA